GCACACCCCAGAGAGAGAUCUGCAGUUAGUGCUUACAUUGGAUUAGGACCUCCUGAGAGAGAUCUGCAGUCGAGUUUACUUGCUAGAGAUAUAUAAGAGGUCAUUGCGAAUUUUUUAAACCGAAAUCCACAGCACAGCAGAGAGAUCUGCAAAUUCUUCUUUCUUUAUUACAUCUCACCUCACAGAUCUCUGUAAAAUGGCCCAACCUCUCGUCAAGAAAGACGACGAUCGCGAUGACGAAGAGUACUCUCCCUUCUUGGGGAUUGAGAAGGGUGCAGUGUUACAAGAAGCUAGAGUUUUCAAUGACCCUCAGCUGGAUGCCAGGAGAUGUUCACAGGUUAUCACGAAGCUCCUGUAUCUUCUGAAUCAGGGCGAGACAUUUACAAAGAUUGAAGCCACAGAAGUAUUUUUUUCUGUUACGAAGCUGUUCCAGUCCAGAGAUAUUGGUCUCAGGAGAAUGGUUUAUCUCAUGAUAAAGGAGCUUUCUCCUUCUGCAGAUGAGGUUAUUAUUGUCACAAGCUCCCUCAUGAAGGACAUGAAUAGCCGUACUGAUAUGUAUCGGGCAAAUGCAAUACGUGUCUUAUGCCGAAUAACUGAUGGAACACUUCUAACACAAAUUGAAAGGUAUCUCAAACAAGCUAUUGUUGACAAAAAUCCAGUGGUUGCCAGUGCUGCCCUUGUCAGUGGCAUUCAUCUGUUACAGACAAACCCAGAGAUAGUGAAAAGGUGGAGUAAUGAGGUACAAGAAGCUGUUCAAUCUCGGGCUGCACUUGUGCAAUUCCAUGCACUUGCUUUGCUCCAUCAGAUACGACAAAAUGAUCGGUUAGCUGUUAGCAAGCUAGUAACCAGCUUGACAAAGGGGACUGUUCGUUCACCUUUAGCUCAGUGCUUACUGAUUCGUUACACUAGUCAGGUUAUAAGAGAGUCGGGUGUAAAUACCCAGACUGGGGAUCGCCCAUUCUAUGACUAUCUUGAGGGCUGUCUCCGUCACAAAGCUGAGAUGGUUAUCUUUGAAGCAGCGAGGGCGAUCACAGUGUUGAGUGGUGUGACUACCCGAGAGUUGACUCCUGCAAUAACUGUAUUGCAGCUCUUCUUAAGUUCAUCGAAGCCAGUGCUUAGGUUUGCUGCUGUCCGGACUUUGAAUAAGGUGGCUAUGACACAUCCUAUGGCUGUAACGAACUGUAAUAUAGACAUGGAGAGCUUGAUUUCAGAUCAAAAUAGAAGCAUUGCUACCCUUGCCAUUACAACCCUACUGAAAACGGGCAAUGAAUCGAGUGUUGAUCGUUUGAUGAAACAGAUUACAAAUUUUAUGUCUGAUAUUGCUGAUGAAUUCAAGAUUGUUGUUGUAGACGCUAUAAGAUCAUUGUGUCUGAAAUUCCCCCUCAAGUACAGAUCUCUGAUGAAUUUUUUGAGCAAUAUUUUGAGAGAAGAAGGUGGAUUUGAGUACAAAAAGGCAAUUGUUGAUUCCAUUGUGAUCUUAAUAAGAGAUAUUCCCGAUGCCAAAGAAAGUGGACUACUUCACUUAUGUGAAUUCAUUGAGGACUGUGAAUUCACGUAUCUUUCCACCCAGAUCCUACACUUUCUCGGAAAUGAAGGACCAAAGACCUCUGAUCCAAGUAAAUAUAUCCGGUACAUCUACAAUCGAGUGAUACUUGAGAAUGCAACUGUCCGGGCCAGUGCUGUCAGUACGUUGGCGAAAUUUGGUGCAAUGAUUGACUCGUUAAAACCCCGCAUAUUUAUUUUGUUGAGACGUUGCCUUUUUGAUAAUGAUGACGAGGUCCGAGAUAGAGCAACCCUGUACUUGAAUACCCUAGGGGGUGAUGGUUCGGUUGUUGAAACUGAUAAAGAUGUGAAGGAAUUUUUGUUUGGCUCUCUUGAUAUUCCAUUGACUAAUAUGGAGACAAGUUUGAAAAAUUAUAUACAGAACCCAUCAGAAGAACCUUUUGACAUUAAUUCCGUACCCAAAGAGGUCAAAUCUCAGCCCCUUGUUGAGAAAAAAGCCCCCGGGAAAAAGCCAACUGGUUUGGGUGCUCCCCCAACUGGCCCCGCUUCAACAGCUGAUACUUAUGAAAGGAUACUUUCCUCUAUCCCGGAGUUCACAAGUUUUGGAAAGCUUUUCAAGUCAUCAGCACCGGUGGAGCUUACUGAAGCUGAAACUGAGUAUGCAGUUAAUGUUGUCAAGCACAUUUUUGAUCGCCAUGUGGUAUUCCAGUACAACUGCACUAACACAAUUCCCGAACAGCUGCUGGAGAAUGUGUUCGUUAUUGUGGAUGCUUCUGAAGCUGAAGAAUUUUCUGAAGUAGGAUCGAAACCUUUAAAAUCUCUUCCAUAUGACACACCUGGACAGACAUUUGUGGCAUUUGAAAAACCUGAAGGUGUCCCUGCUGUUGGGAAGUUUUCAAACAUGCUGAGGUUUACUGUUAAAGAGGUUGAUACCUCCACUGGUGAGGCUGAAGACGAUGGAGUGGAAGAUGAAUACCAACUUGAAGAUUUUGAGGUUGUUGCAGCUGAUUACAUGGUUAAAGUAGGGGUCUCGAACUUUAGGAAUGCCUGGGAAAGCAUGGGCCCUGAUUUUGAACGUAUUGAUGAAUAUGGUCUCGGGCCAAGAGAAAGCCUGGCAGAAUCUGUUAACACUGUCAUCAAUCUUCUUGGCAUGCAGCCCUGCGAGGGAACAGAGGUUGUUCCGAGCAACUCAAGAUCCCAUUCAUGUCUAUUAUCUGGCCUAUAUAUAGGCAACGUGAAGGUUCUCGUCCGAUUGUCGUUCGGAAUUGAUGCGUCGAAAGAGGUAGCCAUGAAGUUGGCUGUUAGAUCAGAGGACGAGAAUGUCAGUGAUACAAUCCACGACAUAGUUGCAAGCGGGUAGUUCUGGUGCCUUCAUUUUUCGAUGUUUCUUGAUUUGAGGUAAAACGGUUCUGAAUUUUGUCGAAUAUUAAAUGAGAAUAGGGCUUAAUUUUGUGUGAUUGGUAAAGACUACUGCUACUUUGGUAAAUAGACUCCCAACUGCCCCAGCGGUGGAUUUGGCCUGCUUUGAAAUUCAAUAUUUUCUUACAAUUUAAUUUCUUUA